AGCUUUAUUUUCUUUACCUACUAACGGUGUGGUUUCAAUUCGAUUUUGUGUGAAAGUGGUUUACAAAUAGUGAAAAUGAGUAAUAAAAUUAAUGAUACAGAUAAUACGACAGAAGAUGAUGAAGAUAUCCCAGAUGAGAAAAAUAUACAAAAAAAUAAAGUUGGUACAUACGAUGAAGAAGCAAAGGAUAACAAACCGAAGAAGAGAAUUAAGCUUCAAUCUAAAAUAUUAUUGGAAAAUGAAGAAGAUGGUGUAAAGAAGAAUCAAGAGGAAUUAGGUGGAUUGCAAGAAGUGACUAUUGACACCGAAGAAGGUGUAGACGAAAUAGAUGGAAAGAGGAGGAAUAAAAAGCUGUUAAAAAUUGAAGAAGACGAAGUUAUUGAUGUUGAAGCACAAGAAGAUCAAGAAAUUAAAAAGCCUGCUAAUAGCUUCGCAGCUAAAAAAACUGUUGCACAAGGUAUGAUGGAUAUUGCUCUGAUAACAGCAAACGCUAACCAGCUUCGUUAUAUGGUGGAAUAUAAUCAACACAGUUCCACAUUUUAUAUCAAUGUUAUCCUUAUAACAUUAUCUCUUAUCCUUCAGCUAGCUAUAGGUAUCACUCUCAUAUAUAAAGGAUGGUUUUAUAUACAAGGAAAAUCGAAAAGUGUCGCUGCUAAGAGAUUGAACAUUUAUGUUACUGCUGGAAUAUUCGCCAUUACUAUUAUAAACGUUUUCAUAGCUAGUUUUACCGUUACAGGACCUCCUCCGAAAGAAGAAGAUUAAGAAUCAAUGUUCCACGUUAAAUUUUUAAUUGUAUUUUGAUGAUAUACGUUUAAAAAAUAAAUUACAUCUGAAACUCA